UCCAGUAUUUCCACAGCGUUUAGAGACUCCCAGCUCCGCCCAACCCGGCAAUAUCUACUGGUUUAAGCAGCAGGUCAGUAGAGGGUGUGAUGGCGAUGUACGACGUCGUUGUGGUAGGAGCAGGGAUAGAGGGUAGCGCCACGGCCUACUACCUGCUGAAGAAAGGACUACACGUCCUUUUAUUGGAGCAGUUCUCGGCACUGCACAGCCGAGGCAGCUCCCACGGUCAGUCUCGGAUCAUCCGCAGAGCCUACGACAAGCCUCAGUAUGUCCGGAUGAUGAACGAUGCCUACACUCUCUGGAGCGACUUCGAGAAAGAGAGCGGAGCCACUUUAUACAGAAAGACAGGUAUACUGGUGUUUGGACCUCGUAAAAACAUCGCAGUGUCAUCUACUGCACAUAGCCUGGCUAGUGGGCAGGUGCCUCACGAGCAGUUCAGUGGCCGGGAGGCUAACAGGAGGUACUCCCAACAGCUGAAACUCCCCGAGGACUACCAAUGUGUCUUUGAGGAAGGAGGAGGCAUACUCAAUGCUCAGAAAGCAGUACUGGCAUUUCAGCAACAGUUCCAGAAGCUGGGAGGAACACUGCUGGACCACACCCAGGUGGUGGAGAUCCAGGCAGGGGGAGCUGUCGUGACAGUGGUCACUGCCCCAAGGAAGGCUUUCUGGGCGAGGCAUCUGGUGGUAGCUGCUGGGGCUUGGACCACGGCACUUUGCUCUUCCAUUGGACUCAACCUCCCAUUCAGAGUUUUAAGGAGUGAGCUGAACUUCUGGAAGGUGGAGGACCCAGCAGUCUUCACUCCCGACAAGUUCCCCGUCUUCAUUGGCUACACUAGUGACGAUGAUAAUGACACACACUACUAUGGACUACCAAUCCACGAGUAUCCCGGUCUCUUGAAGGUAUGUGCCCAUGGAGGAAUAGCGAUAGAAGGUCCUGACUCCAGGGACAGACCAGGAGGACCGGGCACAGUGGUCCCAGUGAGCCAGUUCAUCUCUCAGACCCUGAGAGGAGUCUCUACCACCGCCAGCAUCACGGAAUACUGCAUGUACACUAUGUCACCUGACUUUGACCCUGUCAUUGACAGACAUCCACUCUACAGCAACAUCAUAGUAGCCUCUGGGUUCUCAGGUCACGGGUUCAAGCUUGCUCCAGUGGUUGGAAAAGUGAUUUCGGAGCUGGUGACUGGAGAGAGCCCCUCUCAUGACCUUCACCUGUUCAGACUCGCCCGAUUCCUCCCUCCUCAAUCACAUCUCUAACAGUCUCACACACAGAAUCAGCUAUAUAUUUUGAUGACGAUGUGUCCUUAUUACUUGUAAAGAAGCUGGUUAUUGCCUAAAUAUGAUUUUAUCCCAUGACUAGCUAGAAUGCAUUCACCUACCUGUGCUAACCCCAAUCUCCAACUGCCCCUGUUAUUCUUCGCGUAGAAAAUCUUGUAUGUGGAAAUCACUCAAAAUCAUCUGUAGAUGUCAGUCAGAAACUUGAAACAGAUCUGGCUGUGUAGUUACGCACGCAACAUUUCUGCUCAAUAUUAUAUGGAUGGCAUGAGAACGGCAGGUGAAUAGUGUAUGUUUUGACAAUAAUUAUACACAGCUGGUUGCCCUAGAGCAGAGUUAUGAUGAACGCACCA